AUGACAACUACUAACAACGGUAAUGAUGCGCAAUUGGAAGACAACAACACAACACUUAAUAGUAACAAUAUGAACCAAUCAUCAACAUCUACUAAUUCAGUAACGCAAGAGGCGACUAGUAAUGAAUCAACAACAGCAACAAAUUCAAAGCCUCAAGAAUCUUCAUUCGAACAAGCUUUCUUCUUUGGUUUAACUAUUGAUGAUGCAGUUAAUUCAACUGAAAAUCUUAUGGAAUUAUUUUAUAAUGCUUGCAAAUUUAAUCAUUUAGAACUCGUAAAAAGAUGUGUUGAAGAAAAACAUGUUAAUGUUAAUGAAUUAUUCAAUAAUGAUUAUCCACUAUGUAUUGCUAGCCAUAAAGGUCACAUUGAAGUAGUUCGUUAUUUAUUGGCUCAUGGUGCUGAUAUUCAUCUCAAACGAGAGCUUAAUCUAUCAAACGCACGUAGCAAUAAUCGUUUAACACGUGCUAAUGUAACAUAUGGUGAUAGUCCACUUUCACUUGCAGUCAAAUAUGGUUUUGAAGAUAUUGCUAUUGAACUUGCUGAACAUGGAAGUGAUAUAUUAAAUGCAAAUAAUGAUUUUGAAAAAUCUCCAUUACAAGAUGCUAUUCGACUUAAUCGUACUCGUGUUGUAAAAGUUUUUCUUGAUAAACUUAAAAAUACUAAAGCAAUAUCAGAUUAUGAUGAAUCAUUAUUAUUACAGAAAAAAGGUGAUAUACUUCGACAAUGUCUUAUUAAUGAUCAAAUAGAUGCAUUACGUUUAUUUGUACCUCAUGUAUGGGAAGAACUUAACAGUGAUUUUAUGUUUACUGUAUUAAGUAAUCUUAUGUUAAAAAAUAAAAUUCAAUCAGAUAAAGCAUUUGAUGUAUUAGAAACAAUACUUGAUGCUAUUCCAACAUCAAAAUUAAAAAUGUAUGAUAUUGGAGAUUUACUUCGACGAUUUUUACAUAUUUUACAGGCACAAUUUUUAACAAUCAAUGAUGAUCGAAUUCCAAUUCUUUAUUUACGUACAUCACUUCUUUUUACUAUACUAAAAUAUCAUGAAAUAGUUGAUUUUACUAAAUAUUUAGACUUGUUAGAUGUUUAUUUUCGGGCUAUUUAUAAUAGUGUUGAAAGUGCAGGCGAAGGAGUUAAUCAAAUAUAUGAAUAUAUCGUUCGCUUUUAUGACAAUCUUAUUUUAAUGGGUCAUCUUAUUCUGACGAACAAUACCGUCAUAUUAAAAUUACUCGAAUGUGAACAUGUUCAACGUAUGCAACCAAUUGAUAUGUAUCUAUCAUGGCGUGCACGUAAUCCAUUUUUACUCAAAGAGAGUUGCCGUCUUAUGAUCAAAAAUACAUUACCGUCUUAUAAGCGUGCUAUACUCGAAAAAUUAAAUCUUAAUGAAGAUGCAUUUUUAUAUUUAUAUUAUCAACGAUAG